UUUCAUUUCCUUAUUAUAGUAACCCGAGCAAAAUCCAAAUGUAUAUAAAGAUCCCGUUGUAUAAUGCAUUGUACAAGCAAAAUGAGCCCAAUCACGUCUAUAUUUUAUUGGCGGUCUGCAUGCGCGUUCUGUACACUCAAGGGGAUAGGGCGUGCGUGGUAGGGCGUGUACCCUUCGGUUGCAUGCGGCGUUCGCGUUCACCGCCCGCUAUCGGCGGUGGAUCGGCGGUCCUUUUAUCGUUUGGCUUUCAUCCCGACCACCUUAGUAGAACUACACAUCCGCAACAGCCUUUCAACUCCCCCUCCUCUACCUUGCACCAAUUACAAGACAAAUCGGUUCUCCAAAGAAAAAAGAGGCAGCCAUCAUGACGUCCUCUUUGCCCGGGACUCGCGACCUACCGUCCUCCCAAUUCGACCUCAGCACGUACUGGGGUCGCGUGCAGCAUUCUGCCAACAUUUCAGAUCCCAGAACCCUCCUCACAUCCUCCGCCGGCCUCGAAAAUGCGAAACAAUUGGUCACCGCGUAUAAAACGGGCAAGAUACAGGAUAUGACGCCGGAGCUGUGGCAAGCAAAGAAGAUCAUAGACUCGACGAUACACCCGGAUACGGGGUUACCUGUUGUUUUACCGUUCCGAAUGUCAAGCUUCGUGCUAUCGAAUUUGGUCGUCACAGCUGGCAUGCUCACGCCAGGCCUCGGGACUGCGGGAACGCUUGGAUGGCAGGUCGCUAAUCAGUCGCUCAACGUGGCCAUCAACUUCUCCAACGCAAACAAGUCCACGCCGCUGUCCACACAAACCAUCAUCAAGUCAUACUGCCUCGCCGUAAGCGCAUCCUGCGGUGUCGCCCUCGGUCUCAAUGCACUCGUGCCACGUCUCAAGAGCCUCUCGCCCAAUGCGAAGCUGAUCGCCGGUCGCCUGGUCCCUUUCGCCGCCGUCGCAAGUGCAGGUGCUCUCAAUGUGUUCCUUAUGCGUGGAGAAGAGAUACGGCAGGGGAUCAACGUGUUCCCUGUUCUCACAGAGGAGGAGAAGCUCAAAGUGGAAUCUGGGGAGCUAGAAGUCAAGCCUCUAGGCAAGAGCAAGAAGGCCGCGACGCUCGCCGUGGGCGAGACCGCACUCAGCCGCGUGCUCAAUGCGACACCAAUCAUGGUUCUCCCGCCGCUCAUUCUGGUCAGGCUACAGAAAACGGAGUGGCUGAAGAGGAGGCCUCGCAUGGUGCUGCCUCUUAACCUUGGACUCAUUCUCACCACGUCCAUCUUUGCUCUACCACUUGCCCUAGCUGCAUUCCCCCAACGCCAAUCUGUCAGCGCGACAUCGCUCGAGACGGAAUUCCAUGAGCGUGGGGGCAGGGACGGGCUGGUGGAGUUUAACCGUGGGAUAUGA